UUCUAUUCCUUUAAUAAUAUAAUAAUAGAUAGAUAGAUAGAUAGAUUGUUAUCAAAACACUAUGAAGUCUGAAAAUGUAUCACUACAAUUAUACAACUUAUACACACAGGGGCUAACAUAUACUCCCUCCGUUUUUUAAUAAAAUGCGUUGAGUUUCAAGAAAACUGUUUUACCAUUCAUAUUAUUAUAUGUUAAAGUAUAAGUUGUCCAAAUAAAUAAAAAUAACAUUUAUAAUUUUUAAAUAAAACAAAUGAUUAAACGUGGUACUAAAAAAUUUAACGGCGUAAUGUAUUUAAAAAACAAAGGAAGUAUAUAUAUAAAUAUAUAUACAUGUGAAAAGACUGAAGAGUAGUCAGGUCAGAAGAGGGAGGCUGCGGAAAUGGAAGUGAUCUUGUUGCCUCUGGUUGUCAUCAUCACAUCCACCAUGCUUCUCCUAUUGAUCAUCUCCACGGCGAAGAAGAGACACCAUGGCACGGCAAACCUUCCGCUGCCCCCAGCGCCGCCCUCUGUCCCCGUCGUCGGCCCGCUUCUCUGGCUCGUGCGCGCGCGCUCCAACCUCGAGCCAGCCAUCCGUGAGCUGCACAGGCGGCACGGCCCCAUCCUCAGCCUCACCUUCCUCUCCCCGCGCGCCGCCAUCUUCGUCUCCAGCCGCGAGGUGACCCACCGCGCCCUCGUCCAGCGCGGCCACACGUUCGCCAGCCGCCCGCCGGCCAUCGCGCCGUUCGCCGUCCUCACCAGCGGCCAGUGCACCGUCAGCUCUGCGCCGUAUGGUCCGCUCUGGCGCUCCUUGCGCCGCAACCUCACCUCCGGUGUCCUCGGCCACGGCUCUCGCGCCCCACUCUACGCGCCUGCACGGCGGUGGGCGCUCCAUCUUUUGACGUCUGACCUCGCGGCGGCCUCGGGAAACACGGGUGGCGGCGUGGCCGUGGCCGUGGUGGACUGCCUCCAGUUCGCCAUGUUCUCGCUGCUCACGUACAUGUGCUUUGGUAAGAGGCUCGAUCGUCGUGGUGUCCGGGAGAUCGAGGCCGUGCAAAGGGAGCUCUUCUCCUCGUACAUCAGCUUCCAGGUGUUCGCCUUCUGCCCGACGGUCACCAAGCGACUGUUCUUCCGGCGGUGGCAGAAGGUGCUCUCCAUUCGGAGGAGGCAAGAAGACAUAUUCCUUCCUCUGAUCGAAGAAAGGAGAAAACGCAUCAAGAUCAGCAGCAUGGACAACGACGGCAGCAUGGUUUGCUGCUACGUGGACACAAUCAUCUCCCACAAGCUCCCCAAGGAGGCCGGCGAUCGCCGGCUCACCGACGGCGAGUUGGUGAGCCUCUGCACGGAGUUCCUCACCGCGAGCGUCGACACGAUUGUCACCGCGCUGCAGUGGAUCAUGGCUCGUGUCGUCGAGCAGCCGGAGAUUCAGGCGAAGCUGCUGGACGAGAUCAACCGCGUGGUGUCGAGCGACAAGGAGCACGUCGACGAGGAAGACAUCAAGUCCAUGGCGUACCUCAAGGCACUAGUCCUAGAGGGGCUACGUCGACACCCGCCGGCACACUUCCUGCUGUCGCACGCCGCGGUGGAGGAGACGUCGCUGGACGGGCACCGCAUCCCGGCGGGCAGGUCGGUGAAUUUCUCGGUGGCCGACGUGGCGCACGACGAGAACGUGUGGAGCCGGCCGGAGGAGUUCCUGCCGGAGAGGUUCCUGGACGGAGGGGAAGGUGCCGGGACUGACCUGACUGGAAGCCGGGAGAUCAAGAUGAUGCCGUUCGGAGUUGGGAGGAGGAUCUGCCCUGGACUUGGCCUCGCGCUGCUGCAGCUGGAGUACUUCGUGGCGAACAUGGUCCGGGAGUUCGAAUGGGGGAUGGUGGAUGGUGAUUGUGGUGGUGGCAUCAACCUUGCCGAGAGGCCGGAGUUCACCGUGAUAAUGGAGCAGCCGCUUCGUGCGCUGGUUGUGCCGAGGAGGAGAGAGUGACCGCCACGCACGGGUGUGCAUGCCUUGAUCGUCG